UUAAGAUGGAGGCUAACCACGGGGGCCUUAACGCUCCAAAAUCCUUUUUAUCUGCCACUCACCUCUCUUUUGUCGCCAUUCAAAGUGAAUCAUCAACAAAUCACCAGCAAAAUGAUGAAGUGAGGUUAACGCCAAGCCUCCUCUGCCCAGCGCAGCGGCUAAAAGCGGGUCUCUCCCCCACACUGUGGACUCCAGGCAGGCGAUUGGCAUCCUCUGGCUCCUGAUUUUUUUUCAGUUGAAGCUUUGCGAUAAGCAGCAGCCAUCCAUCAUCAUCAUCAACACCAGGAAAACGCAUCACCCCCAUAAACCAAUUCCAGUUUCCAGCGCCUGUCGCGCCUCCCCAAACAUCUCAUCAACUCAGCGACACCUUCUUAAUUAAAUAACACACCCACCGCCAAAAUGCGCGCCCUAACAGACGAAGAAAUGAAGACGGUCCUCGACAAGCUGGCAAACUACAUGUCCGACCUAAAAUCCCUCAUCGCCCCCCUCGAAGACGGCGACCGCUACGUCUUCCGGCUCAACCACUCCCGCGUCUACUACGUCAAGCUCUCCAUCGCCAACCUCGCCACCUCCAUCUCCCGCGACGCCCUCCUCUCCCUCGGCACCUGCCUGGGAAAGCUCACAAAGACGGGUAAAUUCCGCCUCCACAUCACCGCCCUCCCCAUCCUUUCCCAGGGCGCCCGUCACAAGAUCUGGAUCAAGGAGAACGGUGCCCAACCCUUCCUUUACGGAUCAAAUGUCGUCAAGGCCCACGUCGGGAGGUGGAGCGAGGAUUGCCCUGAGCAUCAGGGGUGCGUGGUGUACAGCAUGGCGGAUAUCCCGCUCGGGUUUGGCGUCACGGCGCGGAGCACGACCGAGGCGAGGAGGUUGGAUCCGACGGGGGUGGUGUGCUUUAGGCAGGCGGAUUGCGGCGAGUAUUUGAGGGAUGAGGAUACGCUUUUUGCUGGUUAGCUUUGGGGGGGGAGAGAGAGAUGAUACCCGUGGGGAAAUGGGAACAUGUAUGGUAAAUAAAAUAGGGGGCGUCUUGGCGUUACUAAAUCAUGUUUUGCGUCUUUG